AUGGUGGAUCGGGACAGCAUAAGAAGGCAGGGGUUGGCCCUCUGCCGGACGCAGCUGGAAUAUAAUCCGGCAACUGUAGAUCAUCGUAACAGCCUCCUCAGAAACAGCAAUAAAACUGAGCCUAUCGCUCCUUCCGUAAUGUGGUACCAGGACAGCUUCAUGCUGGACCCUACAGAGCGGCGCACCAUGGAGACUCGAGGUAACAAGCACACCCUCACCCUAAAGCACGUCCAAGCAGCCGACUUCGGCAACUACUCCUGCGUUGCGGAAAACUCCUUAGGAAAGUCGAAGAAGUAUAUGGAACUAUCAGGUAAGUGGGGAAAUAGCUUUUCGCUAUAA